AUGGGGGAUCUCGAAUCUCCGGCAGGGCCCAAGGGCUCUGCGAUCCCGUCUGACGACUUUACUCCUGUGACCACACCCGCAGACUUUGAGCGGCGCCGAUCGGCUCGCAUUCCUACAGCGAAAUUCCCGAAUUCUGAUUCCAAGGAAUUGCUUUCAUCCAAUGCGAUGUCUCCGGGAAAACAAUCAUCGGAACUCCCAAGCGCAACUUCAGGAGACAGCAUUGAGACAACUGCUAAGCCCGAGGCUCCGGCUGAUGCUCGGGAUUCUCUGUCUCCCUUGGUUCAUGAGCCUGUGGUCUCGUCCCUGAAGAGGGGGAGAUCUACGCCCGCUGCUAAGAAAAUACAUGCACCCAAAGCUCGUACCAAAUCCACCGCAAAGUCUACCAAAGCGAAGAAGGCUGUCACACCCAAAAAGCCUUCCAAGGCAAAGGAAACCAUUCGGAGAGCGGCAGUUAGAAACUCUCCAAAUGAGGUCGCACAGAAAAGCAUAAAAUCUGAGGCUUCUGAUGAGCUUCCCCAUAACCUGGGCAAAUUUUCAGGCACCCUUCCAGCAGACAAUGUUCCUGGAGGACCACCUGACGGUUUUAAUAAAGAGAACCAAGGGGUUGAUGCCACCAUCUCCAACAAUCCACCAGCGGAUCUUCAAUCAGUUGACGCUGACGCGCCUACUGCUCCUGUUAAGCAGGAUCCCGAGGAAGCGGGAGAAGACGACAGUACACCAGUUAAGAAGCCGCGUACCUCGUAUGGCUUGACGACUGGCAAGACACCCUUCCCCACUUUUAAGCAACCAACUGUUGCGCAGUGUGAGGAAGUCAAUCGGCUAUUGACUGUGGCUCAUGGUCAAGUGACUGUACCUAAAACUAUCCCGGAGCCUUCACUUACUGUUACUGGUUGCGGUGAAGUUCCAUCAGUUCUUGACGCCCUCAUCCGUACGAUUCUCAGUGCAAAUACGACAAGCAGAAACUCUAGUCUGGCUUUUGAGGGACUCGUGACACGUUUCGGAAUUCUUUCAGAAGGCAUCGGCAAAGGCAGUGUGAACUGGAACGCUGUUCGACAAGCUUCUUUAGAUGACAUUUUCAAAGCCAUCGAAAGGGGUGGAAUGGGCAAAAUUAAAAGCAAGACUUUGAAGAAACUUCUCGAUCAAGUCUACGAAGAGAAUCAGGAACGGAUGAAGGACUUGGAUACCAAGGAACGGUCAACAGACGUGAAAGAACCAAAUAUGUUGCCUCAAAAGACGGAACAGGAGAAGGAGUAUCGACACGCCUGUGCCGACCAGCAUUUCCUUUCUUUGGACCACGUCCACAAACUCUCCACGCCGGAAGCCAUCGCUGCACUGGUCAAGUACCAUGGAAUUGGACCAAAGACAGCGGCAUGUGUAUGUCUCUUUUGUCUCCAGCGGCCGUGCUUUGCAGUUGACACCCACAUCUUCCGCCUCUGCAAGUGGCUGGGUUGGCUUCCCCCAAAUGCUAACGAGGUCACCGCGUUCAGCCACUUGGAAGUUCGUAUCCCAAAUCAUCUGAAAUAUUCCCUCCAUAAGCUGCUCAUCACACAUGGAAAGACUUGCCCCAGAUGCCGUGCCGGCACUGGUGAAAGUAAUGUCAACUGGCAUCAUGGCUGUGAGAUCGAGCAUCUGGUAGAGCGAACCGGGGCCCGCAAAGGCAAUCCUGCUUCCAUAAAAGGUUCUGAUGCCCUUUCGAAGGCUGGUGACAAGAGGAAGAGGUCCACAGCAACUUCAAGCGCUACAAAGAGCAAGAAACGCGAGAUUUCUGUCUCUAUCGCCCCAACGACCUCGUCGAGAAAGAACCCCGCUCGCAAUGCCUCGGCGCAGUCUAAGGAUAUGAAGGAGUCACCUGCCUCGGAUUCGUGA